GGCUGCCAGCCGCGAGGACCCGUUCGGAGGAGGAGCCGGAGCAGGAGCAGGAGCGCCGAGCCCCGAGCCCGGCGCCCGCCUGAGUAGAUGUCCAUGAGGAGCCCUGGCUCUGCCCAGCUGGCCCCAGAUGGCGUGGGCACCAUGGUGAACUGCACCGUCAAGUCCGAAGGGAAGAAGGAGCCCUGCCAUGAGGCCCUCCAGGGCUCGGCCACCGCAGCUGAACCCCAGCCCGGAGACCCAGCCCGGGCUCCCCAGGACGGUGCUGACUCCCAAGCUCCAGCCCAGGUGCCCGGCACUUUCCGGGGCUCCUGGGAUUGCAGCUCCCCUGAGAGCAAUGGGUCCCCGGAACCCAAGAGAAUGGGAGCUUCUGAGGCCGCCUCUGGAAGCCAGGAGAAGCUAGACUUCAACCAACAUUUAAAAGAAGUCGUGCCGGCCAUCGAGAAGCUGCUGUCCAGUGACUGGAAGGAGAGGUUUCUGGGAAGGAGCUCUGUGGAAACCAAAGAUGUCAAAGGGACCCAGGAGAGCCUGGCAGAGAAGGAGCUCCAGCUCCUGGUCAUGAUCCACCAACUGUCCACGCUGCGGGACCAGCUCCUGACAGCGCACUCGGAGCAGAAGAACAUGGCUGCCAUGCUGUUCGAGAAGCAGCAGCAGCAGAUGGAGCUGGCCCGACAGCAGCAGGAGCAGAUCGCCAAACAGCAGCAGCAGCUGAUACAGCAGCAACAUAAGAUCAACCUCCUCCAGCAGCAGAUCCAGCAGGUCAACAUGCCUUAUGUCAUGAUCCCGGCCUUCCCGCCAAGCCACCAGCCUCUACCUGUCACCCCCGAUUCCCAGCUGGCCUUGCCCAUUCAGCCCAUCCCCUGCAAACCAGUGGAGUACCCCCUGCCGCUGCUGCACAGUCCCCCUGCCCCCGUGGUGAAGAGGCCCGGGGCCAUGGCUGCCCACCACCCCCUGCAGGAGCCCUCCCAGCCCCUGAACCUCACGGCCAAGCCCAAGGCCCCCGAGCUGCCCAAUGCCUCCAGCUCCCCCAGCCUGAAGAUGAACAACUGUGGACCCCGCCCCCCCAGCCAUGGGGCCCCCACGCGGGACCUGCAGGCCAGCCCGCCCAGCCUGCCACUGGGCUUCCUUGGUGAAGGGGACGCUGUCACCAAAGCCAUUCAGGAUGCUCGACAGCUGCUGCAUGGCCACAGUGGGGCGUUAGAGAACUCCCCCAACACUCCCUUCCGCAAGGACCUCAUCAGCCUGGACACGUCCCCCGCCAAGGAGCGGCUGGAGGAGAGUUGUGUGCACCCCCUGGAAGAAGCCAUGUUGGGCUGCGACAUGGACGGCUCCCGCCACUUUCCUGAGUCCCGCAGCAGCAGCCACAUCAAGAGGCCCAUGAAUGCCUUCAUGGUGUGGGCCAAGGACGAGCGACGGAAGAUCCUCCAAGCCUUCCCGGACAUGCACAACUCGAGCAUCAGCAAGAUCCUGGGCUCCCGCUGGAAGUCCAUGACCAACCAGGAGAAGCAGCCGUACUACGAGGAGCAGGCGAGGCUGAGCCGGCAGCACCUGGAGAAGUACCCCGACUACAAGUACAAGCCCCGGCCCAAGCGCACCUGCAUCGUGGAGGGCAAGCGGCUGCGGGUGGGCGAGUACAAAGCGCUGAUGAGGACCCGGCGCCAGGACGCCCGCCAGAGCUACGUGACCCCCCCCCAGGCCAGCCACCUGCAGAUGAGCUCUCCCGACGUCCUGUACCCUCGGGUGGCAGGCAUGCCCCUGGCUCAGCCCCUGGUGGAGCAUUAUGUGCCCCGGAGCCUGGACCCCAACAUGCCUGUCAUCGUCAACACUUGCAGCCUCAGGGAGGAGGGGGAGGCCACGGAAGACAGGCACUCGGUGGCGGAGGGUGAGCUGUACCGGUACAGCGAAGACGAGGACUCGGAGGGCGACGAGAAGAGCGACGGGGAGCUGGUGGUGCUCACAGACUGAUUUGAGCGGGGUGGGCC